AGAAAUAGAGAGAGAGAGAGAGAGAGAAGAAACAAAAGAAAAAAUGGCAGCGCUGUCUCGUCUGUCCAGAAGAGUUCUAAGUUGCAGUCUCUCAUCUACAUCUCUGGCGGCCUUUCGUGGUCUUUCCACUGAUGCGGCGAAAGUAGCAACGACUGCAAAUGCGACUGAUAGAGUGAAAUGGGACUAUAGAGGGCAGAGGAAAAUAAUCCCGUUGGGGCAAUGGGUUCCCAAGAUUGCCGUCGAUGCCUACGUCGCCCCGAACGUCGUUCUAGCUGGCCAAGUCACUGUUAACGACGGAUCUUCCGUUUGGAACGGAUCAGUUCUUCGCGGUGACCUCAACAAAAUCACGAUUGGUUUCUGCUCUAAUGUGCAGGAGCGAUGCGUUCUCCAUGCCGCUUGGUCGUCUCCCACAGGACUACCAGCAGAGACAUCUAUUGAAAGAUUUGUGACAAUUGGGGGUUAUUGUCUUUUACGGUCAUGCACAAUUGAGCCAGAGUGUAUCAUUGGACAGCACUCCAUACUCAUGGAAGGUUCAUUGAUGGAGACACAUUCUAUUCUUGAAGCUGGUUCCGUAGUUCCCCCGGGCAGGAGAAUUCCAACUGGUGAACUUUGGGCAGGGAACCCUGCAAGGUUUGUUAGAAGUCUGACCCAUGAAGAGACCUUGGAGAUUCCUAAACUUGCGGUUGCAAUCAAUGAUCUGAGCAAAAGCUACUUCUCAGAGUUCCUUCCUUAUUCUACAGUGUAUUUGGAAGUUGAGAAGCUUAAGAAGUCUUUCGGGAUCCCUAUCUAAAGGUUUUCCGUUCAUGUAGACUUGAGUUGGAGGUGUUUUCGAGGAAAUAAAGCUCACCAAGACUCAAUUAAUCAAGCAUUUGAAUUUCUUAUUUUUUGUUAGAUUGUUUAAUGCAAGAACUAGCUCUGGUUGUAGAUCUAAAGAAUUGGGUUGAUGGGUGACGACAAUGGAGUUGUCCUGUGACUUCAAUCCAGUCUACGGUAUGCUCCCAGCUCCCCCUAUUUUUGUUUGGAAUCAUUGUAGCAGAUGUGGAGCAUUGACAACAUCUGUUAUUUAGGCCUUGGUUGUGAGAAUCGGCUAGAGGUCUCUUUCCCAUAGAUUCUUGAUUGGGUGUUGUUUGUAGCAAUUUGUUAUAAAUCAUUGAUGGCUGAAGCUUGAUAGUUGCCCUCAUUGUAACUAUGAUAUGGUGUGCCC